AUGGAUAAUAGAAGCUUAAGGCAAUUGACUGCACCUGAUGUUAAAUAUCAGUCUUUUUGCAUUCGUUAUCUUGAUACUGGUUUUAAACUUAAGUCUGGUCUUAUCCAUUUGCUUCCCAAGUUUCAUGGUCUUGCAGGUGAAGAUCCAUAUAAGUAUUUGAAAGAGUUUCAUGUAGUCUGCAACACAAUGAAACCGCAAGGAGUUGAUGAGGAGCAGGUCAAACUGAGAGCCUUUCCUUUUUCCCUCGAUGGAGGAGCUAAGGAUUGGUUGUACUACCUUCAGCCUUCAUCUAUCGAGACUUGGAAUGACAUGGCCAGAUUGUUUUUGGAGAAGUUUUUUCCGUCCUCAAGAGCCACUUCAAUCAGAAAGGAGAUAAGUGGCAUAAAACAAGCAAAUGAGGAAAACUUGCAUGAGUACUGGGAGCGGUUUAAAAGACUUUGUGCAAGCUGUCCACAUCACCAGAUUCCGGAGCAAUUGCUGAUUGUCUACUUCUAUGAGGGAUUGCUACAUAUGGAUAGGAACCUGAUUGAUGCUGCCAGUGGAGGAGUUCUUGUUAACAAAACACCCAAUGAAGCUAAGGCGUUGAUCUCAAACAUGGCUGCAAAUGCUCAACAGUUUGGAACGAGAGCCAAUAGCAGUGCUGUGUACCAGGUGCAAGAAACUCCGACCCAGCCUUCAGCAGUGGUAUCAAGUGCUGACAAUCAGCGAAUUGAAAAUAGACUUGAUGAAUUGGCAACCAUGGUGAGACAGUUGGCAGUUACCCAGACAGUCCAGACUUCUGCUCCAAUGUUCGGCAAUCCAUGUGGCAUAUGCAGUGACCAUUUUCACCCCAUUGAUGCUUGCCCUUCUCUACAAGAGGGCUCAAUUCCUGCAGACCAGUCAGUAGCUGCAGUCUUUCCUGGGAAACCACAGUUCCAGCAGCAGCAGAAUUAUCCAUUCUCCAACACUUACAAUCCUGGCUGGAAGAAUCAUUCAAACCUCGAAUGGAACCAGAAUCAGCAAAAUGUUCCAUAUCAGCAGAGUCAACAAAAUUUUCCAUACCAACAGAAGCAGCAGUUCAUUCCACAGCAGAGACAAAACUUCCAGCAACCUGCUCCUCAACAGUUGCAACAACAGCCACCAGUGCAGCAACAAAACAGUGGCAGUGGUCCUUCUUUGGAGGACUUAAUGAAACAGAUGGCCACCAACAAUCUGGAGUUUCAACAGAGGACAGAAUCUACAAUCCAGAAUUUGAAGACACAGAUCGGGCAAUUGGCGACAUCAAUGAACCAGGCCCAACCUUCCAGCAGCUUCCUUCCAUCCCAAAUAGUUCCAAAUCCAAAAGGAAGCGGAAAUGUGAGUGCUAUUACUCUGCGUUCUGGAAAGCAAAUGGAGGAGCCAAACCAAGCUGCUGUUGAGUCAUCUAAAGGAGGUGACACUAGUUCCAAGAAGCAGAGCACUGAUACAUCUGAUGUCCAUAUCCCUCUGCCUUUCCCUCAGAGAGCCACUCAGUCCAAGAAGCAAUCAGCAAAGGCUCAAGAUAAAGAGAUACUUGACACCUUCCGAAAAGUUGAGGUGAACAUCCCUCUUCUGGAUGCAAUACAGCAGAUUCCGAGAUAUGCCAAGUUUCUAAAGGAGUUGUGCACCAACAAGAGGAGACUGAAAGGAGAUGAGCAAGUUAACCUGAGUCAGAAUGUAUCAGCACUCAUCCAGCCUAUGCCUAAAAAAUGUCAAGAUCCAGGGACAUUUACUAUCCCUUGUGUAAUUGGCAAUUCUGUUUUUCAUGAUUGCAUGCUAGACUUAGGAGCUUCCAUCAAUGUUAUGCCUGCAUCUGUGUUUAAGUCUCUUGGUCUUGGUCCUUUGCGUGCUACUAGUAUUGUGGUUACAUUAGCUAACAUGAGUAGUAUUCACCCAUUUGGUUUGAUUGAGGAUGUAUUGGUCAGAGUUAAUAAUCUGAUUUUUCCUGCUGACUUCUACAUUUUAGAAAUGGAGAGUGAGACUGCUACUAAUAGAUCACCAAUUAUACUUGGUAGGCCUUUCAUGAGAACAACUAGGACCAAGAUAGAUGUUCAUUCUGGUACUCUAUCCAUGGAAUUUGGUGAUAGCAUUUUACAUUUUAGUAUAUUUGAUUCCAUGAAGCAUUCUAAGGUUCAGGUAGAUCAUUCAGUUUCAUGCAUAAAAGUGAUUCAUGAUGUGGCUGAUAAGGUUGAUUCUGAAUUGAUUAGUGAUUGUGCAUUACCUGUGGAUUAUGACUUGCCUAUUAAUGUUAAUUCUGAAUGUGUACUAAAUGUGAGGUUAUGCAAGACUCCCCAUUCUGGUAAUGAUUUUGAUGAUCCUAACUCUCAUGGACCCAAGAUGAAAUGGGUACCAAAAAGUUCUUCCUCUGUUUUUAGUAUGCAGAAAAGUUUGCGUAAGGUUGGAAGAAAGGAUCAAGAGAAGAAGAAAUACACACAGAAAAGAAAGCCCCCAAAGUUGCGUGAUAAGCAGAUGGGGAAGACUUGCACAAUGAUUGGCCAUCACCUCAAAGUUGUUAAUGAAUGA